AUGCCGCGUGGACAAUUGAUCCUAAUUGAAGGUUUAGACCGAUCAGGUAAAUCCACUCAAGCUUCCAUCUUAGCUUCUAAGUUUCCAAAGUCCAAACUCAUAAAGUUCCCCGAUAGGUCAACAUCUAUAGGUAAAUUAAUCAAUGAAUAUUUAACCAACAAACAAUUUCAGCUUAGUGAUCAAUCAGCUCAUUUAUUGUUUCUGGCUAAUCGAUGGGAAUUGAACAAGGAAAUCAUUGAUUUAUUAAAUCAGGGGUAUUUUGUUAUAUUGGAUAGAUAUAUAUAUUCAGGAAUUGCUUACACAUUAGCUAAACAUAAACACACAAAUAGCACAAUAUCUCAGGAAGAUGGAACUAAAACCAAUUUGUCCAGUGUUGAAUGGUUACUAUCACCAGAUAAGGGAUUACCCAAACCUGAUUUAACUAUGUUUUUAACUUUAAACAUGGACGAAAUUAGUUCAAGAAAAGGAUGGGGAGAUGAACGAUAUGAAAUGGUGGAGUUUCAAUCACGAGUGAAACAAUGUUUUUUGGAAAUACUUGAUGAACAAAAAGACCCCGGUGUUAAGAUUGUUGAUGUUGGGAAUAAGUCUAUUGAGCAAGUGAGUGAGUUACUUUGGCAUGUUAUUGAGUCGAAAAAGGUAAAUCUAUUGACAGAUAAACCUAUAGAUCAUGUAUAA